AUGGAGAACGAAAAGGUGCAUUUACGGCAUGUAAUGCUAUACGAAUUUCGGAAAGGCGUGAGUGUUGGGACUGCACAAACAAACAUUCAGAGCGUUUAUUUGGACCGUGCUCCUGCUCUCCGGACAGUUAAAAAGUGGUUUGGCAGAUUCCGAAAUAGUGAUUUCAACUUGGAAGAUCAACUCUGCUCUGGACGGCCUUCUGGCAUUGAUGACGACAUUGUGUGUGCCUUAGUGGAAGAAAACUCAAGGAUUACAACUGAAGAGAUUGUUGAGAGGCUGAAAAUUGAUAAUUCGACCGCGUUUCGCCAUUUAAAAAAGUUUGGAUACGUUUCCAAGCUCGAUACAUGGGUGCCGCAUCUCUUGACUGAAAGGAAUAAGCUGAACCGCAUGAAUGUGGCCAUUUCUCUCCUCGCACGUAACAAAAAAGAGCCUUUUUUGGAUCGAAUGAUAACAGGCGAUGAGAAGUGGAUUCUGUACAACAACGUACAGAGAAAGAGGACCUGA